CUGCGCUGGCCCCCUCCCGCGUCCCCCCACUCCCGGGCCCGCCCCCAGGCCGCCCGCCCCCCGCGGCGCGCCACUUCCGCGUGCAUGGCCCUGCUGCCCCGGGUGCUGAGCUCGAGCUGGCUGCGGGCGGCGCGCUCCACCCCCGGCCUCCCGCUACCUGUGCCCGCCGGCGUCCCGCGCGCCCUCUUCUGCGCCAUGGCUGGCCGGCCGGAGUCGCAGCAGCCCGCCGUCGGCUACGACUACCUGGUGAUCGGGGGCGGCUCGGGCGGGCUGGCCAGUGCGCGCAGGGCGGCCGAGCUCGGCGCCAGGGCCGCCGUGGUGGAGAGCCACAAGCUCGGUGGCACUUGCGUAAAUGUUGGAUGUGUACCCAAAAAGGUAAUGUGGAACACAGCAGUCCACUCUGAAUUCAUGCACGAUCAUGUUGAUUACGGCUUUCAAAGUUGUGAGAGUAAAUUCAAUUGGCGUGUUAUUAAGGAAAAGCGAGAUGCCUAUGUGAGCCGCCUGAACACCAUAUAUCAAAACAAUUUAACCAAGUCCAAUAUAGAAAUCAUCUAUGGCCAUGCAUCAUUCACAAGCGAUCCCCAACCCACAGUAGAGGUCAAUGGGAAAAAAUACACUGCUCCGCACAUCCUGAUUGCCACUGGUGGUGUGCCCUCCAUUCCUCAGGACAGCCAGAUCCCUGGUGCCAGUCUUGGAAUAACCAGUGAUGGAUUUUUUCAGCUGGAAGAAUUGCCUAGCCGCAGUGUCAUAGUUGGUGCAGGUUAUAUUGCUGUGGAGAUAGCUGGGAUCCUUUCAGCCCUGGGUUCUAAGACGUCACUAAUGAUACGGCAUGAUAAGGUACUUAGAAAUUUUGAUUCCAUGAUCAGCACCAACUGCACGGAAGAGCUGGAGAAUGGCGGCGUAGAGGUGCUCAAGUUCACCCAGGUCAAGGAGGUUAAAAAGACUUCUUCAGGCUUGGAACUCAUCAUGGUUACUUCAGUUCCUGGUCGAAAACCCACUGUGUCCACGAUUCCAGAUGUUGACUGCCUGCUCUGGGCCAUUGGGAGGGACCCAAAUUCUGGGGGUUUGAACUUAAACAAACUGGGGAUUCAGACCGACGCCAAAGGUCAUAUCUUGGUAGAUGAAUUCCAGAAUACCAGCGUGAAAGGCAUCUAUGCAGUUGGGGAUGUGUGUGGAAGAGCUCUUCUUACUCCAGUUGCAAUAGCUGCUGGCCGAAAACUUGCCCAUCGACUUUUUGAAUGCAAAGAAGAUUCCAAAUUAGACUAUGACAACAUCCCAACUGUGGUCUUCAGUCACCCUCCUAUUGGCACAGUGGGACUCACAGAAGAUGAGGCCUUUCAUAAGUAUGGAAAAGAAAAUGUGAAGACCUAUUCGACCUCCUUUACUCCAAUGUAUCAUGCGGUUACCAAAAGGAAAACAAAAUGUGUGAUGAAACUGGUCUGUGCCAACAAAGAGGAAAAGGUGGUCGGAAUCCAUAUGCAGGGAAUUGGAUGUGAUGAAAUGCUACAGGGUUUUGCUGUGGCAGUGAAAAUGGGAGCAACAAAGGCCGACUUUGACAACACGGUUGCCAUCCACCCUACCUCUUCAGAAGAGCUGGUCACACUCCGUUAGGAACCUAGAGACUUGUAGACCCUCUGAAAUGAACCAAGCAGUCACAUUCACUUUCUGUUCCAAUUUUACAUACUACUUUAUUCUAAUCAGGAUCUUCUGAUAGUGGAAAUUUUUAGUACAUAAAUCAGAAAUUUGUUGUCACCCAGAAUUGAUUUUCAGUUUGGCUGGAGACAGGUUCAAACCUGCCACCGUAGAUAUAUGGGGCCGGCACCCUACUCACUGAGCCACAGGUGCCGUACCCCCAGAAUUGAUUUUCAUUUGCUCAUGUCUCACAGUAUUUUAAAGUUUUCUUUUCAUUUUUUUUUUUCUUUUUUUUAAGUCAGAGUCUCACUAUGUCGCCCUUGGUCGAGUGCUGUAGCGUCAUAGCUCACAGCAACCUCCAGCUCUUGGGCUUAGGUGAUUCUCUUGCCUCAGCCUCCUGAGUAGCUGGGACUACAGGCACCCGCCACAACGCCUGGCUAUUUUUUUUGGUUGCAAUUGUCAUUUGUUAAGCAAGUUGGGCCCACGCUCGAACCUGCCAGCCUUGAUGUAUUUGCCCAGCGACAUACUCAGUGAGCUAUGGGUGCUGAGCCUUAAAUUUUUCUUUUCUUUUUUUUUUUUUGAGACCGAGUCUCACUUUGUUGCCCUCAGUAGAAUGCUGUGGCAUCACAGCUCACAGCAACCUCCAGCUCUUAGGUUUAGGCGAUUCUCUUGCCUCAGCCUCCUGAGUAGCUGGGAUUACAGGUGCCCACCACAAUACCCGGCUAUUUUGUUGUUGUUGUUGCAGUUUGGCCGGGACUGGGUUUGAACCUGCCACCCUCCCUCGGUAUAUGGGGCCGGUGCCCUACUCACUGAGCAACAGGCACCGCCCUGAAGUUUUCUAUUAAGAGAUCUGUGCUAGUUUCUUUUUCUUCCUGUCUACCUUCAUCCCAAAUAUAAAAAGGAAGUAUAAAACUAUGUGAAGUACAAUUAGGUUAAUGUACUUGAAUGGAUAUAGCUUGUUCAUUUUUAUAGAGGAAGAUGAUGACAGCUCUUUCUAGUUCAACAAUGCAGGUGCACAGAAUUUGUAUAGACUUUUUGAAGCCAGUACUGUGGUCUGCAUAUUACAAAGCUGCUUCCAGGAUGUGACCUUUCUCUAAAAGCAUGUAACACAGGAGGCCUGCCUCCUUUAUUUUAUGCUUUUUCUUUUGUUUUAUUAAAAAUGGUUUGUAUUUAGUCCCAGCUACUCAGGAGGCUGAGGCAAGAGAAUCGCCUAAGCCCAGGAGUUGGAGGUUGCUGUGAGCUGUGUGAGGCCACGGCACUCUACUGAGGGCCAUAAAGUGAGACUCUGUCUCUACAAAAAAAAAAAUGGUUUGUAUUAUUUUUAUGAGAUAAUGUGUAUCAAAUUUGGGAAAGACUGGAGGAAGCUGGUUAAAUGUGUGAGGGACAGCUUAGAAGAGAUUUCUGCUUUCCAAAGGAGGUGGAUUCAGAUACAAAAAAGUCUCUUUCUUUGCCAAGGGUUUUAUAUGUCAGUGAAUAAUGUCAAUAUCUGUAUGCGUUCUUGUCAUUUUAUUUUUUCUGAAAACUUGAAAAUAAAAUCAGUCUUAUCAA